AGAGCCAUCUGCCCCAUCUGGUCCCAAAAGUGGAAAAAAGGCAGAGUGGAGCACACCUUCCGUUUUAGGAAGGUGAGAAGUGGGGGAGCCGGGGAGUUGGGAGAGAGAGUGAGAGAGAGAGAGAGGCAGGGAUCAGCGGCGGCUGGCGGAGGAGAUGGAGGAGCGGGAGAAGCUCGUGUGCCUGGCCAAGCUCGCCGAGCAGGCGGAGCGAUACGACGAUAUGGUGGAAUUCAUGAAGAAUCUUGCUAGGAUGGAUGUGGACAUGAGUGCUGAAGAAAGGCAUUUGUUCUCAGUUGGUUUCAAGAACACUAUCGGGGCAAAGAGAGCAUCGUGGAGAAUCAUUUGUUCACAUGAGCAAAAGGUCACAACUGAUCGUCAGACUGGUGUGAUGAUAGAUGCCUAUAAGAAGAUAGUAGAAGAUGAACUAAGGAAGGUUUGCAAUGAAGUAUUGUCAGUCAUCGCUAUUCACUGCCUUCCCUUGGCCAAUACGAGUGAAAAUGUCGUAUUCUUUUAUAAGAUGAAAGGUGACUACUACCGAUACUUGGCUGAAUUUAGCAGUGGAACUGAAAAGAAAGCUGCCUCUGACCAGUCACUUAUGGCCUAUCAGCAUGCCAUGGUUGUCGCCUCCAGUGAGCUCUCACCUGCCCACCAGAUCCGGCUUGGUCUUGCUCUCAAUUUGUCGGUCUUCUUUUAUGAGAUAAUGAACUCUCAUGAGAGAGCUUGCCAAGUGGCAAAACAAGCAUUCAAUGAGGCUCUUACUGAGAUAAAUUCUGGUGAAGGGGUUUACAAGGAUAGCACACUUAUGAUGCAGCUUCUGAAGGACAACUUAGCAUUGUGGACAUCAGAACUAACCGGAGGUGAAGCAUCCAAGGAUAAUGAUGUCGACAUGGAGGGUUGAUUGAUAUGAGCUCAAGGAACACAGAACACACGCAAAGUAUCCAAUCUGCGCUGCUAGCGAACCCGGGUCCUCAAGUUUUUCUGCAUCGGAAUUCGGAAGAUCCCCACUUAUUUUUCUGAAGUUUUCUGUUCCUCUGUUUCGGCCAUCGUUUGGCCCUAGAGUCAGUGUCCCUACUAAGUGUUUCUCAGAGGUCUGGACUGGUGACCAUCCAACAAGCUUUGGUCAUAUUUUGUGAGCUUGUGCUGGUGACCACCCAGCUCUGAUGUUAUGUUGCUUCUUUUUUUUUCGGUGCUUCAGAGGCAUCUUUGUACACCGAUGACAAAAUGUAUCUCUUAUCAAUACAUUAAAAGACUGUCGCUGUCGUUAUUAAUCUAGCUAUCCUGUUCCAGGUGAUGCUAUAUCGGCAAUUUACAUU